UACUCUGCUAUUUAAGGGUAGCCUAUCUCCCAGUACUUUAACAUUAGUUCCAUGAAAUAUUGGAAUGUUGCUGAUUAAGGAAUUUAUUUUGCUAUUGUCUACAGCUAAGCAGGUCAUAACUCACUUGUAGAGCACAUAUUUUGCAUGCUGAAGGCAUACAGUUCAGUCCUUGAAAUUUCAGGUACAAGAUGAGGAGAAGGGUGUGGGGUUUCAUCUGAAAUUGAUUAUCAACUUCCCUUAUCUGGUGUUCUUCAUAUAAGUUUGGAGAUUUGUUUCCAAAAUUUCUAUCCAAAAUGGCAAUUAUAAUCUUGACACACAGCUAUUAUAAUCUACAAAUGUCUGGCAUCCAAGUUAUUGUAAUGUUCUUGUAAAACAUUGUAAACCUGUACUGUAAUAACAUGUUUUGGCAAUGUCUCUAGGCUUGGAAAGGGAAUUGUUUGUGCUAAUAGCCUGAGUUUGGAGUUACUGUACAGUACAUACAAAUGACUUAAGUUUCUUGGAGCGAUUAUGUAAUUUUUGUUUCCGUCUACCUUAUUGAAAACGUAGAGUGUUUAGCUUUGUGGAUCAAGUGUCCUUCAAAAUACAAGGACAUCAGAAAAACAACAGUCCCAGAAGGUUGUAUGAACAUAGAACAAUUGAGCCAACUCUGAGGGAUGAUAUGAAUUUAUCAGAAAGUGUUUUAGGUAAUUCUGAGAGCCAUUAUUUAAAGGUUUCCAGAAAACUACACUACUGUUUGGGAGAAAUACAAAAUGAAGACCUCUGUUGAAGGAUUGAACUGUCAUUAUUAGAACAAGAAUUGACAGAUGAUUUCAUCUGAUCACACUUAAAUUAUUAAGAGAGUAAUGGAAAAUUAGGAUUACAAUUAGAGCAGGGGUGUCAAACCGCCGGCCCGCGGGCCAGACGCAUCAUCUGGAAGCCACGUCCACCCCUUUGCCAGCAAUGGCAAAACCAUUCCGACAUGUUGCACGACGUCACGUGACGUCGCGAGUUUGACAUGUCUGAAUUAGAGCAUGUUACGGUCCCCUGUAUUUGAUGGUUCAGACAUUUGUGUUUACAUCCCCAUGAUAAAUCUGGUUUUAGGAUUAGAAAGUUAACCUUUUUAAAAUGAAAGAAUUUAAAAGUGGACUAAACAUUUACACCAUUUAUAGCGCUUUAAGAGAAAGACAAGAACUGGUUUGCUGUACUAUUGAAGACAUCAGGCUAGAAACCAGGAGACUGUGAGUUCUAGUCCCAGUUUAGGCCAGUCACUUUCUCCCAGCCCUAGGAAGAAGGCAAUGGCAAACCACUUCUGAAAAACCUUGAAAAGAAAACUGUAGGGAUGUGUCCAGGCAGUCUCCAAGAAUUGGAAAUGGGGGGGAAAAAGAAAACUACUAAUCACAAAAGUCUCUCAAUAAAGAAAUAACUGUUGUUCAUUGUUUGUAAUUUAAAAAUAUUACAAGAAUAUAUAUGUAUGCUAGCGGUAAGAGAUUUAGUUCAUUUGUACUUUCAAGCAACCGAGUAGUUAGCUUAUAAGAACAAGCCAGAAUGAAACAUGGAUUUGUUUGCUUUCUCCUUUAUCUUGGUUAUAAAUAAUCGUUCAGGAGUUUUCAUUUGAUCUUAGAUUUACUUCAGUCAGUCAUGUCCAAUUCCAACAUGUUGUAAUUAUUCUUAAUUAUGAUUAUUGGAAGGAAACCCACUCCUAACUAUAUCUUAAUUUGUUCAUGUUAUUUAAGGGACCCUUCAUGCAGUUGAGCAUCUUUGUUUGAAAUUACAUUAAAUAAAUGAAACACAUAUUUAUAUACAAUCCGUAUUUAUAUAGUAAUGUAUUCUAAAAGCCUGCAAUUUUUGGCAGGCAAAAUGAUAGGGGGAAAAUUCCAUAGCUGCCAUGGGGGAGGAGAGAAAAGGGCCCUCCCUUUCAUGACAACCUUCUGAAUAUAUUGGACACACCCUGCUAGGGAAUUCAUAAAUGAAGUUGAUGCUUAAAGACAAAUUCUGUGGAAGCAGGCAUGCGGUUAAGUAUUUUUGUCUUUGGAUGUGUAGGUAAACACCAUAGACUUCCGGUUUGCUGAUGCGGCCGCCACGGAUGCUGAAAGGUGACCUGUGCUGGUUUCCCAGUGGGGUUUGGAUCUACUAGAAGCUCCUGCCAGCCUAAUGCCAUGAAUGUUGAAGCGGACAAUGUGGAAGAGAAAGCUGUCCAUUCCUGGUCAAGGAUCUCCUCUGCAGGACAGAAAGCCUUGGAAGAAGCUCUCCGGGUGUUUAACCCCAUGUCCAAGGACCUGUCUGACACGGAGACCCAGUUAGUAGCUUUUCUCCAAGGCCUUAAAGAAGAAGGCCACCAACCCACAAUCCUACGGAGCAAAGACGUGUAUGGUUAUAGUUCCUGCACUGCCAAUGCACCUGGCCAAACAAAAGGCAAUAUUCAAGGCAUUUCAGAAACAGCUGUUCCUAUUUCAAAGUCUGCCAAGGCUCCAGCAAGGAACAUAGUAACCAUAGAAAAAGUACCUGCCUCCUUGGCAAGUAUUACCGUGAACUCUUCAAAAGAAUCUGCUAAGCCGAUGUCAAAGAGCAGUAACUCCACAAACCUCCUAUUGAACUCAUUGAAACGGACACGUUCGGGCACAUCAAAAGCUUCAGCAAUGAGCUUCCCUGCUAAUAUGUACCCUGGUGUCUAUCCAGCCAUGAGGCUUUCAGUGGUGCUGGAAGCCUUAGUCCCUCUGAAAGCCACUGCCUCUUGUUUGGAAUCAAAAUGCAAACAAGGGCACCUCGGGAUCUCUCCUUCGGACCUUAAGCAUCUCAAAGCAUCCACUGCAUCUAUGCAGUCUUCAGCAGGGAAGGCCGCUAAGAUGUCGUCUAAUCAGUUGGACCCCAAAGGAUAUAGGCAUUUACCGGUAAUAACAAAAGUGCCGGACUCUGCUGCUCUCACGAUGAACCUUAUAAAAGGACCAAAGGGUGGGGUGCUUCAGGAAAGUUAUGCUUGCAAAGCAUCUGGAAUCCUGAAUGGCCGGAUUUCUGGGAGCAACUCCCAGAGCUGUAGCACAGGGGCCUCCAGAAUUAAGGAACCGCUGGUGGCCAAAACUGAAUGGAAAAGUGGGGACAGCCAUCAUCAGGCAAUUGGGGAGAAAAGAAGACGAGCAGACGAAGGGAAAGAGUUGCCGUGUAGAAAGACGCCCGGUUCUGUUCCACCACCUAAUAAACCAGAACCGGCUUCGGAAACGCCAAACCUGCUGAAAUUCCAGGCCAUCAAAGUGGACAACUCUUCAGACGAUGAAUUGAGGAGGAGAGCACAACAGAUCCUUAAAGUUAACCUGUCCCCUGUGAUCAGAAUUCGGCCAUUGCCUCAGUCUCUCAGUAUCCCUUGAGUCAUUCAGUUGAGUUGGAGCUCCAAGGCCACCAUGUGAGGAUGAUCAAAUCAGCGUCAAGUCUCUCGGACCGGGUGAGGGCCUACACGUCUGAACUACUCAGGCGGCUGAUCCUCAGGUCCUGGCUGGCAUUUGGGGGAAAUUCCGCAGAGCUGAGCAACAACUGGAUUACAAAAUCAUGUUUAGAAAUACCGGAGGAGAUCUUUAAGGCCCCGUUGAGAAGAAUAGAGACCACCACUGGCUUUCCUCUGGGACACUUUUUUACACGUACUUUUGUAAACAUGGCAGAGUGCACAUCUGGGAUGUGGUGGCACUUGGGCUGUUCCCGUACUGUGAUAUUUCUGGUUCCUUUUAUCUUUCGAUCUGUAAAUCUACUUGGCUUUAUUUUGAUCCUAUUUUAUAUACUUAUGAAAUAUAAAUAUCUAUUGACUCGUACAUAUGCAUUGCCCAAGGGCUGUCAGAAUGUGAUCCCUCAAUUCUUCCUGUUUCAAGAACUGGGUUCAGACGUCUCCCCCCCCCCCCGGCGUAGCUUUGUCUCCCCCCAGUUACUUGUUGAAAAACACAACAAAGGCCUUUGCUUGUCUCCAGCACUGCCUCUCUUUUCUCUAAAAGCUAGUGGCUUGCUGUCAUCUAGUCUCUGGUCCUAUUUAUUCCCAUUAUUGUCACAUCUUAGCUGACCAUAGUGAAAAAGUACAUGAAAGCUGGAGGAGUAUUCCGAGUCCACCGGAAGGGAGAGCUGGAGAAACAUCCUUUCUCUGGUACACUUUUUCUCUUUUGGAAGAGAGUUUUUUAAAAUCUCCCAACAGAGUAUGAGAGAGAGGGAGAAAAAUAGUUUCAUAUCCCAAGCAUGGAGGCAUGGCUGCUUGGUUAGAGAAGGGAAGGCAGGUCUAAUCCCCAGUGCAUCCCAGGCAAUCUAAGAAUGUUGUCCAAGUGGCUAGUACCACAUUUGUGCCACAGAGGCAGGAAGUUCCUCUUCGGAAUAUACUUUUUGAAGACUCAGUGCCUCUUUACGGUGUUUCCCUGGGGGGCAGUGUCCACCAAUCAAUGUCCUGUAUUCUUCUAUGUAUUGGUCUCCUAUGGGGGAUCAUUAAGGAACCCAGCGAGAUUGUUAACAUUGUGUCCCUCUGUUAUUUUCGUUUGUUUAAAUGAAUCCCUGGCUGCUGAUGAGCCUCAGAACUUGGUAAAAUUGGCAAAUAAUAAUUUUCUAGUGCAAUUGUUACACUAGACAAUGUCUGCAGUCAGACAUUUCAGUGAAUCUGGCUUGUAGACAUUGGGCUUUUGAAUGUAUCGGCUGCAUCUGAACAGGCUGUGUUAAUAUCUCCUUUCACACAAGCAGGAGGUUUUAGGGCUAGACGUAGAGAUGGUUGGGUGUGGUUUUUUGUUUUUGUUUUUCUUUUUUUUGUCUAGUGUUGCAAAUGUGGAGCUAAACUAUAAUAGAAAUUUCGGGCCUAAAACCAUUGGAGGUUCAUACGUUCUUUCAGUAUUUCAGAAGUGUAAUUUUAUAUUUGCUUUGUGCCACAUCUACUCUUAUUUUACCACUGUGGUUUUUUUUCCCCUACUCAGAACAACGGCAGUAAGAGUUAAGUGAAAGUAUUGAGAUCAGCGUGGGAGAUUCCGUCUUCCUUUGAAGUUGUGAUAUUCAGAUUGUCAAAACCACAACAAUUAAAACCGAUUCAGGUUUUUUUUCAUGUAGCCCUGCUAUUAGGAGGCAUAGCGGUUACUUUCUCUGCUGCUUCUCGGUGCAGUUUUAAGUUUGUCCUGUUGACUGAUUUUGAAAUAAGUUGUAAAAUACUGAUUGGGCUUUACUAUUUAGGCCAGCCAAAACCAAUAACCCCUGUUCCAACUUACGCAAAAUAAGGUGAAUGGAUUUGAGGAGUAGAAAUCAGACUCGGGCUAUUUGCGAACGUCAGAUGGUGAUGGUGAUUGGUAAUAUUUUUAAGCAUUACCUCCCAUAGACAGUAUUGAAAAUUUCUCCCUCAAGUGCUAAUUUUCUGUACGCAUGCGGAAAUUUUGUUGUAGAUGUAUAUUCAGAAAUUCCACCGUAAAUAUGUAGAAAACCAGCCCUCUGGUGAUUUAACGAGUACAUUUCUAACCCCCAAAGACAAUAUUUGUUCUGUGCCACUUUGGAUUAGACUGCCUUCAUUAUGUGGGAAUUCACGAAAGGAAGAUCUUUGCUUGCCAGACCUCCCCAUAAGUAGUUUGUUUUGGGGGAACAAACCUCAAAUGAGAUCAACCCAUCACUGGGGUUCUGGAGGCUCCCUUGAACAAUGAUAGAUAGGCUGUGCUUCAUGGAGGAUAUCUGGUUAAUUUGUUAGUUUCAAGGCUUCAUAAGAUGGGGGAGGAGCCUCCUCUGAGCCCUCCAUAGAUGUUUUGAUGACAGUUCUACCUGCAACACGACUUUGAAAAAUCUGCUCUCUGCUGAGCCACUGUUGAGACAAAUCUUUGCUUACAUUGCAGAGAACCUUAAUUAGCUACCUGGCAUUCUUCCUAGGAUCCUGAACUUUUACUCUCCCUAUUUGUGCUAAGGAAAAAGGCAAGGAGAAACCUCAGUCUGUCCUGCUUGGGUCUCUACAACCCUGACUGGAUUCCAGGUGUUGUGUCCCAGAUUUUUCUAGAAUUAAUUCUUUUCUGAAUUAUAAUAGCCCUGGCUUUCUGUGAACCUUUCUGUUUGGGAUAUUUGUUAUCCAAAUAUAAUAGCUACAGCUCCCCCCCCACACACACACCAUUUUGUUUAGAUCUUUCCAUGCUACCCUUUAAACUUCCUUUGUGUUAUCACAUGCACAUACAAAAUAUCUGAAAACAUAAAGAUACAUUGGCAUAACAUCAGCGUGGAAAGAAGGAGACUGUUCUUUUUUUCUAUGUAGUCUCUGCAUUUGCAGAAGGAUGCCUUCCAAACCACUGGAAGAAAUAAGGAAUAGAGAGCAUUAGGGGGGAAAAAAACAUUUGGGCUUUUGAGGUGAAAGUAUGCGGCGAAAGCAUUUUAGAGGAAUGCUCCACCCUCAAGAAAAAAGGUGAUAUAGCAAUGCAGGUAAUACCUUUCAUAGAUCAAUUAAGACCACUGUUGGUUUUCUCUUCGCUUUUAUGUUGCCAGCUGGAGAAUCUGCACUGGGGGGAUUGCUCUGUCUACAACAGGGGUAUCAAAUCAUAUUGUGACAUAUCGGGACUUUUUUUUGCCUUUGUGAGGCUGAGGUGGGUGUGGCCUGCGCAGGCCGCAUCCAGCCCGCGGGCCGCAUGUUUGACAUGCCUGGUCUAUACUAUCUCUGAAAGUCGAGUUCUAAUAGCCUGGCAUUCAUGUGUUGGUGUGAGACUUGAAGUGUUGAUCAAACUGCAUGAACGAUAGAUAUUGGGGGGCUUUUGAAAUCACAGGAGAUUAGAAGUUGUUCUGGCUUCCUGUAGAGAAGAUCUUUUUUGCCAGAUGGAGAUUGCUAAUUAACCCCUAUGUGGAAGAGAUUGGAUCUACACAACAAAUUGCUGCUCAGUCACUGAUUCAAGGUUGAGGCCUCUAGACCAUAUUCACGGUAGGCUUUGUUGUUUGGUUGUUAGCAUCGGAGGGUUGUAGUAAUUAGCAAUCCCAGAAGAUCAUUGAGCUGGCUUUUGUCAGUCCAAUGACUUGGUUAGAAGAGGCUAUUCUACUUCACUGGAGGCAGUGUACUUCAUGAGAGUGUUUUCUUUGUUCCCAGCAAUUGGUUUAAUAGGGAAUGAAACUGUGCAAUUACUCACUUGAUUCCUAGACUUGUCUCUUUCUGGGCGAAGUAAUAUAAGCUUUGACUGAUGAAGGGAAGGUAAUUUCGAUAACAAUGUUCUCCAUUUUUAUUUCUCAAUAUUGAUCUGCAAAGAUAAUAGCACCAGGCCCAAACCCACCCCCCCCAACAACCUGGAUUUAGAGAACCAGAGUGCAAGGGUGACUCUGAAAAAGUAUUCUUUGAACUCAUUGUGGUUAGGCAUCCUGAUCCCAGAAGAUGCUGGCAUCACAGCAGUUAAACCUAUAAAGAAACAUCUAAAGCUAAAACCUAGACAGUUUUUGUGCCUUUACAAUUUUCUUAUCUUUUUAUGCAGCCAUUUCCCAGUUGACGGUUAAACAGUCUGUACAAUUAGCAGAAAUCGGUUUUCAAAGUGGCUUGUGCACUGUCUUGAAUUGGAAGAAUGGCUUAGAAGAUCUUAGGGGUCCUUCAGCUGAAAUGGAGGCGAAAGUUGUGACACCUUAGUCGCCGGCAGCUUUGGCAGCAACUUAAGAAUAAGGCAGAGGUUGUGUCUUGCCUUGUCUUCAGAUGCUUUAACAUUGUUUUCCAUUUGCUAUAAGAAUUUUAUAAGAGAGAAAGUGUUUUGUGUUAAACGCUGAUGCACAGUGCCAAUUGUUUAAAGACCAGCUUCAUGCAGUAAGAAAAGUGACGUUUCAGAUGGGUACGCAGCCUCUGCCGAUACCUUUCCGGAGAUAUUUGGAAGGAUCACCCUGAAGCACUCAGCUUGCCUGCCUGAUUAUUGCUUCAUUUAUCCUUACUUCCUGUCAUUUGUUCUUCAAACAGGUGUUUUUCUGCCUUGUGUCCUUUUUAUUGCAGGUUCAGCAGCCAUUCCUUCGCAGCCCACCUGGAUUCAGUCUCCAGCAUUCUAAAAAAAGAUCUUAGGAUGGGGGGAAAAAAAGAAAGAAAUGUUUCGUUUGAAACUACAGAGACCCACUCCUGCAACACACAGUCCUGAUGUAGAAUAGAUCAGCAGUGGAACUGGUUAUAAAGCUACUUCAUCUGUUUGUAAACAUUUAACCAGGAAGGAUACCUGUGACUACAAAUGGGCCAUCUGACAUGGCUACUUGAAUUCCAUUUUUGGGUCCUAAUCAGUAGUUAAUACAGAUCAUAUAGGACUUCCUUUCUGCUAAUCUGUACCAAACGAAUAAAAAAGGAAUUCCUUGGGAAAGCUUUUUGAGUCAUUGGACGGACUGAAUAUUUGCGUACUGCACAGGUAGUCCUCGAUUUAACGGCCACAAUUGAGCCCAAAAUUUCCUUUGCUAAGGGAGACAAUGGUUAAGCGAGUUUUGCUCCAUGUUAUGACUUGUCUUGCCCCAGUUAAACAAUCACUGCAGUUGUUAAGUUGUAAUAUGCUUGUUAAGUGAAUCUGGCUUUCCCCCAUUGAUUUUGCUUGUCCGAAGGUCACAAAAGGUGAGCACGUGAUCCCCCCCCUCACGGCAAUCAUAAAUAAAUGUCAGUUGCCAAGCAUCCAAAUUAUGAUGCUGCAAUGGUUAUAUGUGUGAAAAACUCGUGUUUUUUUUUCAGUGCCGUUUGAACUAAACGAAUGGUUGUAAAUCAAGGACUACCUGUAUUUCUUAAUUGAAAUACUCGCCAAUUUAGAGAUGAGAAUUAGAUUUAAAGCAAGUGCCUUGCGAUAGGCAAUUGUACCUGGAGAUGAGACUUCAGGCUGGGCAACUUAAGUUUGUGCCCCUUCGGCUCUUCUCUAUUUAAUGUGACUUAUAAAUCCAUAACCGGGAAACAUCUCAGCAGCUUCAAAGUUGAUAAUGUUCCUUUAAUAAGGAAUUACACAUUUUGUUGCCUCCCGGUUGUCCAUUAACAGAUGCAUUGACAUCCUUGGUUUAUGCUCUGUUUGCUGGUUGGUAACACUGUGUGUAGCCUCUGGAUAUGAUAAAUGUGAAGAAGUGCUGCUUCUGUGAAAAAAAAAAAGGGGGGGGGGCUAUAGGAAGAUAUGGAAUAGGAGAAAAACAGUCACAAGAUAGAUGGUUACCCUGGACAGCCUGCUGAUGUUUCAGACUAUAACUGUUGCUAUCUCGAGCCAGCAUGGGAAAGUGAAGAUAACAAGAGUUGAAGCCCAACACAUCUGAGGAGUAGCAGAGGCUGAACUACAGAUAAAUGUGAUUGCCUAAUCCUUCUCCCUUAAUUAGCUUGUUGUGGCACUUUUUGGGGAGAAUGUAAAUUUAAGAGUUUUCUCCUUUAUUGAGAAGAGCCGGGAUUUUCCGUAAAUGGCAGGAGCUGGGCCCUUCAAUUGAACCGCAGACUUAACAAGACAUGAGAAUGACUUCCAAGCCGAGCUUCUUUUGGCUUUGUUUGAAAUACAUUUCCCCUGUCUCUAUCUUGAUUCCAGAACCAAGGUCUGUUCAGGUGCUUCUCCUGGGGGGGGGGCAUGUCUAGUUGGUACAUAUGACAAUGCAGUUUAGUAAAAUGGGGAACAACCCAAAGACAUGGGUUAUUCACCUCUGUCGUGCAGGCUAGCUUGAAAAGAAUUGACAGAAUUUUUGUGCCCUGCAGAUUAAAAAAAACAAAAGUACUAAAAUCAGUGCUCUUAGUCAGAACGACAUGGUUGUGUCCUCCACAGAGUCCCCUGGAGUUGCCACUCUUGCGUUGUCCCCUCUCUUGUUUUUGUUCCUAUCACUGUGGACAGGGUAUUGCUGCUACAUCAGUGCCUGGAAGGGAAGAGGUCUCUGACCAUAUUGCUAGACAAGCAGUUGUUAACCACAAGGCACUUGAGAAUCACAGUAUCCUGGCUUUCCUUUCUACCAAACUCCAUAUGCUAAGCACUUUGAAUUGUUUCCUUUUUACGCCUGAAGGACACAGAAACUGCAAAGGGGGUAUUGAUUUUUGUAGCAGAUACCAUCCAUCUCUCCUUUAUUCCUUUGUGCUUUUGAUGCAUUGUUCCCUAAUAUAAGUUAUCUGUCCAGCAGGUAGAUGCCAGCCGGACUCCAUAAGUUGCAUGUGGUUCCUCUGAACUCUUCUACAUUGCCAAGCACAAACCUGGUCUCCUUUCACGGAAGCUAGCUUUUGCCAUGGAUCUCCUCUGCCAUUUUGAAUUUGGGUUGUAGAAGGUGUUUGUACAAUAUACUGCAUAAACGUCGGCACAACAUUAUCUCGUAUUUCCUCUGGCCAUUGGUUACUUGGAUUCUCAAAAACAUUAUUUCCAAGGACCACCGUUUGGCAGUUGCUGAAAAGAGGAGGUGCAGAGUGUUCUAACUCCUGUCUGGUAUUACUGGUUUGAAUCAGCGUCUCAGUGGCCUCAAGAGAAUGGGUGCCACUCUUUUUUUUUUCAGUUUAUCUUGCAGGAUGUUUCCCUGUUUCUCUGUUUCAGCAUUACACACACGCAGCCCGCGUUUCCCAGUUUUAAUGUUUGUACGUUUCGGGCAGCCUUGGGUGGUGCAAUUAUGUUUUCAAUGAGGAUGAAGGGAGCAAAAUCGGAUUGUCUUUAUUUUAAAGUGGAUUUCCCCCCCCCCUUUUUGGUUUUGAAAUUGUAGCAGAUUAUCCCACUCUGCCAUUCUUCUACAGUAAAAAUGGUGCUUCAAAGUA